AUGCAAGCGAACACGCCGUCUCUGUGCGUGAGCACACUCGGCCCAGGUUUGCUUUUCCCUGCGUACCCGGACCCCAAGUUCAGGGCUACGGUGCAGACAAUCCGGCCGUUUCUCCUACGAGGUCCGGCCGAAGACGAAGAACUGCUAAGCUGGCUGCCCCUAGCCAGAGCCAGCCUUACCAUCUCGGUAGCAGACAAGAUCAUCAUGAUCCACCGACCGGUGCUAUUUCGCUCCUUUAACAUCCGCGAAUCUCAACGGACGCGCACCACGUGCAUCUCCGCCGCGCUGACCAUCCUGUAA